AUGGACAGGAGGAAGAAAACUCGGUGUCCGGGCGAGAGACCGGCUUGUUCGAGCUGUACUCGCCUUUCAAAAACGUGCACAUACCCAGAGAUUCGAGGAAACCCUCUGGCCUCAGGUUCUCAAAAUGGGAGCAGUUCAACAGACACAGAGAGACGGCUGGCCCAGCUCGAAGCAAAAAUUCGCAUGAUGGAAAGGCAAGAGUACGAUCAACACUCCUCAUCUUUGCCGUUUAGGUUCGACUGGCAGCUACCGCUGUCACCCAGCGUUGAGAUGGAUAGCUCACCAACGGUCAGGAAAGUUAGGAUAAAUUGGUCCACUGAAUCAUCUUGUUGGUUAACUAGUCGGAACAGCCUAUUGCCACCGAGGGAUGUUCUGGAAGAUGUCGUCGAUGCGUAUUUCCAAUAUUGUCACAAGCAGCCUUUAUGGCUAUUCAAUCGGGAAGACUUUUCCUCGAUCCAGGAUUGUAGUGAGGAGACACUCUUGACCCUACUGGCCCUUGCUUCAUGUCAUUCGAAGCAUCCUUUCUUUGAAGGUCGCCUGCACGAAUUGAGUCAAACCUAUGCACAGGCUGCGAGAGAGGGAAUCAUGCAGCAGGUGGGAGAGGGCAAGGUCUCAAUAACGACAAUUCAGAGCCUCUGCAUACUGACACUGGCCAAUAUACAAGCCAACAUGGCAACUCUGGCAUAUCUGCACGUGGGCAUGGCAAUUACGCUUGCGAAAUGUGCCAAUCUCGAUGUUGAGACCUGCGCCCUUGACGACUUUGGCUCGCGCGCAGAAACGCGGAGAAGAGUGUUCUGGAGCCUACACUUACUACAGCAGAUGUACGGGCAUCAAUCCUUCACCACGGACAUCUUGCAAGAUAUUACUAGACCGCAAUACAUUGCGACGCAUGCGGAUCCCCGGAAGAGCUUCAAUGAGAUGCCCCCAGCCAUUCCACGCGAGGAGAUAUCAGGUCAAGACGAAACAACGAGUGCUGAUAAGAAGAGCGGGACAUGGGCCUACAUGAUCCAGACGUCUACACUGUGGGGAGAGGUCCGCACAUACGUAAAGCAAUGGGCUCAGCAGACCAACAACGCACCGCCUCCUUGGUCCAUCGAGUCUGGAUACGCCGUCAUCAAUGCCUAUCUCAUGGACUCAGAGACGAAAUUCCCAGACCGCCACCGAUUUGAUAGCGCGCGAUUUACCGACCAAGAAAGCCGACACCUUCAGAACAAUCGAGGAUAUUGGAGUCCGUGGGUAUACCAGCAAUUCGCAUAUCACACCAUACAUAACAUGCUAAACCAUCCCUUUCUGUAUUCAUCGCGGCCACAACAGUCGGCUCAAUUGGGAGUCCCCAACACAUUCUGGAAAACAUCCUCCGAACUUGCUUUUAUCCACAGCACAUGGGUUGCACGCCUCAUCGAGAUGGUCGUCCAUAAAGAAUAUCGCGUCUCGGAUCCAUUUAUUGGUCAUUGUGCGGCGAUCGCGGCGACCAUUCAUAUCUACUUUUGUCGGGCGGCUGACAAAACUACCAGGGAGGCGGCGCUGGAUAGACUGACGAAAUGUGUCGCAUUUUUGGCUGAACUGGCUUUGCUUUGGCCUUCAUGUAGAUGGUUGCACGAAAGACUUCAGUCCUUGAUCCGGGCGGCUUUCGAAAUAGAUCAUGAGCAAGAAAAGGACCAAGACGUCCCACCACCGAGGACCAUUUCGAUCAACACGCGUUUAAUGUGGGAUAUACUUCUUUACAACUCUGGCGCUUACAGGGGCACGACGAGUUCUUCCCAGACAAGAAGUCUUUUCGAUGGCAGCUCUCUUUUUCCAGAGGACAACACAGAUGAUGGAGAAGACAUCGUUGAAAUAGAUAAUUUCCAUAGCCCAACUGUUGAAGUGAGUCUGGGGAAUGGACAGGCAUUGCCGCCACAGUCGGGAAGGCGAAGAACGAGAUCUGGUCAGGGAACCCAGGAGGCCCAGGCAAAUCUUCUAGCUCAAUCUUCUUCUAUUCCAGAAGCUUGUGGAGGUUCCACGGAACAUACGCCCCUUGCUUCUUGGCCCAUGUCUUUGGAUAUGGCGUAUGAUCCGUUCUUUCAAUUCCAAGAUUCGGGUGGUCCCUUUUUUGGAACAUGGGAAGUAGGAAAUCUGUAG